AUGACGGAUGAAAUACCACCGUCAUCGCGUCGUGACAUACCAAAAAGGACUGUUAAAGAUUUUAAGUUUAUAAAAGAAAUUGGAAAUGGAUCAUACUCUACGGUAUUUUUGGCUAUUGAAACUGCUACUAACCGUCAACUAGCAAUAAAAGCCGUUAGUAAAGAAUUGGUUACACGUUGCAAAAAAGUUGCACAAGUGUUUCGUGAAAAAGAAAUAUUAGCACGUCUGAUGGAUAGUUCUUAUAUUGUAAAAUUAUAUUGUACAUUUCAAGAUGAAAAAACAUUAUAUUAUGGACUCACCUAUUGUCCGAAUGGUGAUCUGCUUCAUCACAUAACAGAACUAAAAUAUUUUCCCGAGAAUGUGACACGGUUUUAUACAGCCGAAAUCUUAGAAGCAAUUGAAUAUAUACAUUCGAAAAAAGUCAUUCAUCGCGAUCUUAAACCUGAAAAUAUUUUAUUAACCGAUACUUUUCAUAUACAAUUGACAGAUUUUGGAUCUGGAAGGAUAUUGGAUGAUGAACAAAUCCAACAACGAUCUAGUAACACUGACGAUAGUAACAUUGGUGAUGAAAAGAAGCUAAAACGAUUAAAUUCAUUUGUUGGCACAGCACAAUUUGUUGCACCAGAAAUACUCAGUAGAAAACCAGUUCAUUAUGGUCAUGAAUAUGAUAUUUAUAACGCUGUUGCUCGUGCUGGUUACACAUUGGCGGAUGAUCUCCCACCACUGAUUGCGGAUAUUAUCCGUAAAUUAGUUGUUCUUACACCAAGUGAACGUUUGGGCUCAGAAGAAACUGGUGGUUUUAUCUCAUUGAAAUCACAUGACUUUUUUAUUGGAGUACCUUGGAAUAAUUUACAGAAAGAAAUAUCUCCAUUACGAUCAAACGAUUCGUCAAAUAUAAACUCAUUCACCAUCAGCGAUGAAGAUCUGAAAAAUAUGAAACCGGGAUAUGAUGGAGAUGUUCAAGCUCGAUUGAUUGGAUUAAAAAUGGCCGAUAAUAACGACACAGGAGCAAAAAUAACAUCUGCCAUAGAUAAACAAUCCACAUCGUCAACACAAAAUAAAAACUCAUCAACAUCAAGCUCAUCUUAUAGUUCUCAAUCUUCGAAUAAUGCCGCUGUGAAUUCAUCAAAUAUCGAUGGUGUUAAUCUAAAUAGGAAUAAUAACAACAGUAGCAAUUUAAUUUUAUCAAACAAAUCAUCAUAUGUACUUUCAAAUCGAAAGACUGAUGAACUACGUAUUGAGCAGAAAGAUUCAAAAACAUUUCUUGUUAACGUCCCUGGACGAUCGUAUCAUCUAACUGAUCCAAAUCACAAUGCAGUCGGAUGGUGUCAAGAUUUAUGUGAUAUUCACAUUGAAUACUACGGCUCUAACCCAUUAGCGAAAAUUGACUCAUAUUACUUCAUGUCUCAAUAUAUUUAUUUUGUAGCCACGAAUUAUAAUGAUGAUAGGGCGUAUCAGACAAGUGUUGAAGAUGUUAGCGAAGAAACACGAUAUAUAUUGGAAGAAUUUAUUCUCGAACGAGCUGCUGAUGAUGGUGUCGAUCUUGGUCUUGUCAAACCUAUACUCGAUUUUGAUCCAUUAUCAUUACCGCAAUAUCGACAAAUACAAAUGAUUGCACAAACAUUACGUUUGAUUGGUGAUGAAUUAGAUCAAGACAUACGUCUAAAAAGUAUGGUUGAACAGGUUCCACUUCAUAGUCCAUAUGAGACAUUUAGUGAUGUUGCCAAAGAAUUAUUCAAUGAUGGUAUUUAUAAUUGGGGACGCAUCGUAACAUUGUUUUAUUUUGCAUAUAAACUUAUUAUGAAGUCAUUAACAGAAGAAACGUCAGUAAUGAAAAUGAUUGUCGACUGGACGGUUCGUUUUGUACGAGAAAUCGUUGCACCAUGGAUUGUAAGAAAAGGUGGAUGGUUUGUUAUAUUACGUGAUUGUGGACCAAAUUCGAAACUGUCGACAAUUGGUAUACUGUUAAGUGGUGUAUUAGCAACGUUUGUUGUAGCUCUAUAUUUUAUGAGACGUCCAUAA